ACCAAAUACUGCUCCCCCUGCUGGUGAGAAUGGUGGGGUCUGUCAGAAGACCUCGGAUGUCGCUUUUCCUGAGGCGGUUUUUUCUGAAGAGGUUCUGCUGAGGCGGUUGUUCCGAGGUGAUUAUUUCGAAGCGCCCUGCCUUGGAUAGAUGCUGCUGAAUCUAUAAGAAAUGCCACUGCCACUACCACCCCAACACUCCAAACAUGAGACGAGGAACUCUCAGUCCAGCAUUGUACCCAGUGAUCAUGAACCAUCUGAAAAGAAAGAUGAGAAGUACCAAGCAAAGAUAUCUCCAUUUUCACCUCAGGGACCACUCAAAAAGAGAUCAGCUUUUGAAGAUCUCACCAAUGCUCCUCAAAGUCAACCUGUCCAGCCCAAGAAGGAAGCCAAUAAUGAGUUUGUUAAAGAUACUUCCAAGAAGAGAAACAGGAACACAUCUGCUAAUAGGUUGCCUGAAAACAAUAAGAUGAAUAUAAAAAGAUAUGAUGUAGAGCUCUCACCAGUAGUAGUCUUAACCACCAUGGUGCCAAACAGUAUAGAUAAUCUGCUCACCCUUGAUAUGUCUACCAGCUCUAAGACACCCAAUACUGAGGAAGCAUCUCUUUUCAAAAAGCCAUUCGUUUUAAAAGAGGAACCCACUUCUGAGGAUGCAGUCCUCAUGAAGAGGUCAUUAUCUUCAAAGAAGUGCACAAAUCAGGGGGUAAUGUCCCUCUUGCAGAAGCCACUGUCCUUGCAGGGGAAGAGUGACAGUGAUGUUGUACAGCCAAUGACUUUUGGGAAGAAGCGUAAAACCAAGGAGGCAGCCAUCACCAACAGAACAUUAUCUUUAAAGAAUGCGUGCCGAUAUCAGGGAAAGCAGUCCUGCUCGGGGGAAGAGUUGGCUUUGCAGGAUGUCAGUGUUGAAGAGGAUUCUUCCUUUAUGGAGCUCCAGAAUGUUAGGAAGAAGCCUAAAACUGAGGAAGCAACCUCCACCAACCCAUUAUCAUCUUUAAAGAAAGAGUGUACCACUCAGAGGAAGAUGUCCUAUAGGAAGAAUCUUCUAGUACUGCAGAAGACCACCUCUGAAGAAAAGCCACUCACUAAGGAGUCUUUUAAGAGAAAGCCUACUGCUGAGGAGUCCUUUUUCCAGGAACCACCUGCAUUGCAAGAGAAGCACACCUCUGAACAAGAAUUAUCCAUCUUGAAGAAAUCAUUGGCCUUUCAGGAGAAGAUUGGCACUGAAGAGAAAUCUCUUUUUAAGGAACCAUUGGCUUUUAAGAAGCAAUCUACCACUGAGGAGACAACCUUCACCACGAAGCCAUUACCUUUAAAGAAAAAGUGCACUACUCAGAGUAAGAGGAAGAUGACCUACUUGAAGAAGCCAUUAGUAUUGAAGAAGACCACCUCUGGAGAGAAGGCACUCAUUAGCCAGUUCCUCUCCUUUGAAAAGAAGCCUACCUCUAACGAGGAGUCCCUCUUCCAGGACCUCUCAGUGUUGGAAGAGAAGCAUACCACUGAUGGAGCAGUGACACUUUUGAAGAAGCCAUCGGCAUUGCAGAAGGAAGAUGGUGAAGAUGAUUUUCUUAUGGAGCCACUUUCCUUUAGGAAGACUCAUACUACUAAGGAGGCAACACUUCCCAAGAAGCCACUAAUUUUAAAGAGGAAGCAUACUACUCAGGGGAAGAUGUACCACUUGAAGAAGCCACUAGUAUUGCAGAAGGUCACAUCUGAAGAGAAGUCACUCGUUAAGGAGCCAUUACCCUUUAAGAAGCCACCUACCGCUAAGGAAUCCCUUUUCCAAGAGCCAUCAGCAUUGCAGGAGAAGCACACCAUUCUAGAGGAGGCAUCCAUCUUGAAGAAGCCCUUGGUCUUGCAAAAGACUCCAACUGAGGAGGAAUCACUUAAAAAGGAGACUUUGACUUUUAAGAAGUUUACCAUUGGGGAGGCAACCUCCGCCAAUAUGCUGUUAUCUUUAAAGAAGAAGUGUACCACUCAGGGUAAGUCCUGUUUGACCAAGCCACUAGUAUUGCAGACCAUUUCUGAAGAGAAAUCACUCAUUAAGGAGCCUACCAUUGAGGUGGAGUCCCUCUUGAAGGAACCUUCUGCACUGCAAGAGGAGCACACCACUCAGGGGGAUGUGGCCCCCUUGAAAAAGCCAUGGGCAUUACAGGAGAGAAUAGAUAGUAAAGAUGAAUUCCUUAUGGAGUCACUGUCAUUUAGGAAGACACAUAUCACAAAUGUAGCAGUCUCUACCGAGGAGUCAUUAUCUGUAACGAAGCAAACAUGUGCCACUCCAAUAAUAAUGUCUAUCUGCCAAGAACUGUUGGAUUUGCAGAAUAUGAUUGCUGAAGGUAAGAAUUCCUUUAUGAUGCCAGUAUCAGGUAGGAAGAAGUCUUCAACUGAUGAGGCAGUUCUUACCAAGACACCAUUAUCUCCAAAUAUGAGGCAAAUCACUCAGUGGAACACGGUCAUAGAGAAAACCACCUCUGAAGAGAAGUCACUCUUUAAGAAGUCGUUGCCCUUAAAAAGAAAGUCUACAACGGAAGAGGGGCUCCUCUUCCAGGAUCCAUCUGUAUUGAAAGAGAAACACACCUCUCUGCAACAAGCGUCCCUCUCAAAGGAGCCAUUGACCUUACAGGAGAAUAUCGCCACUAAAGAACAAUCAUAUAUCAAGGAACUGUUGACCAUGGAGAAGUCCUUGGUCUUGGAGAAGACUGAUACCAAAGUGGACUUCUUGAAGAUGCCGUUGGCUUUGCAGAACAAAAGCACCACUGAAGAGAAAUUCUUUUUUGAGAAACCAUUGGUUCUGAAGGAAAAGCUCUCCCCUGAGGCAGCAGCCAGCAUAGAGGGACAAUCAUCUUUUAAGAAGCAGCCCACUGCUCAGGGAGAGGUGUUCCUCUUGAAAGAGCAGUUGACCUUGCAAGAGAACAUCACCAGUGAAGAGGAGUGCAUUAUUAAGCAGCCACAGGCCUUGCAGGAGAAGCCCAGCAUUGAAAAGGACACCAUCCUGAGGGAGUCCUUGGCCUUGCAGGAGAAUUCCGCGAUUGAGAAGGAGGCUGUCUGGAAGGAGCCAUUGGUCUUGCAAAAGACUAUCACUCACAAAGAAGACACCUUUCUCCAAGAUUUCACCCUCCAAAUUGAAACCAGCCCAGAUGCCACCCCUGAAUCUGGAACAGGCUUGUCCAACACCAUCAUCAUGUCGUGCAGUACCAUAAGCAAGUCCAGUACUUGUGAAUCCAAUUCCAGUAAACCUUUCUCAUCUGGUGACAAGAGAUCACAGCAGGAGCAGGUGACCCCACUGGGGGAUACUGACAUAGACUGCAGUGAUCCAUUUUUCAGCUCAGUAUAUGCUAAGGAUAUCUUCAGUUACAUGAAGAAAAGAGAGGAAAAGUUUAUACUUAAAAAAUAUAUGACCAGGCAGACUGAUAUCAACAGUAACAUGAGGGCCAUUCUUGUGGACUGGUUGGUGGAGGUGCAGAUGACCUUUGAGAUGAGUCACGAGACCCUGUACUUGGCAGUGAAGCUGGUAGAUCACUACCUUAUGAAGGUAAUAUGCAAGAAGGACAAGUUACAACUCCUUGGUUCCACUGCUUUUCUGAUUGCAGCAAAAUUUGAGGAGCACUGCGCACCUAGUGUGAAUGACUUCCUGUACAUCUGCAAUGAUAUUUAUAAGAGAGAUGAGAUGCUCGCCAUGGAAGCCAGCAUCCUGAAAAUCCUCAAAUUUGAUAUCAACAUUCCUGUCGCCUAUCGUUUUCUGCGCAGAUAUGCUAGGUGUGUCUAUGCCAGCAUGAAGACACUGACCUUGUCCCGCUUCAUCUGUGAGUUGACCCUGCUGGAAUAUGACUAUGUCCAGGAGAGGGCUUCCAAGCUUGCUGCUGCCUCCUUCUUCCUGGCCCUCUGCAUGAACGAGCUCGGACACUGGGCUCCUAUCCUGGAGUAUUACAGUGGCUACAAGAUCUCUGAUCUUCGCACCUUGGUCAGGCAGCUGAACAUCCUAGUGAAUUUUCAUUCUUGCAAUAGGCUCAAGACUGUAAGUUCCAAGUAUUCGCAUGAGAUCUUCUUUGAAGUCACCAAAAUCCCACCCUUGGACAUGUUUACACUGGAAAAAAAUUUGAAGUGUUGCUAAUUCUGAGGCUGAGGGUCUGGUACUCUGGAAGCAGCCACCAGGGCUGGACAGGCGCUUAAAUAGGCUGUAUUUAUUCUGUCGUUGGAUUUGUCUUUUCAUCACUUUUCCUCAUUUUUAUGCUGUUUGUCUUUUCCCAAACUGAUAAUGUUGUAAAUAUUUGUUUUUUUUUUACAAAAGAAAAGAAGUUGUUGUAAUAUUUGAUUAUAAAUUUAAUAAAAAUUGAUGGUUGUUGUU